CUUAUUAAAGAAUAAUCAUUAAAAUUAUAUAUCGACAUAAAAUCGUUAGAAAUUGUGUUUGCCGUGAAAUACAUAAAUCUAAUAGUUUUAAUCAUGCUUGUAUUAGUUUUGGGUGAUUUACACAUUCCACACCGAUGUAGUAGUCUGCCUAGCAAGUUUAAAAAGCUCCUUGUUCCUGGUAGAAUACAGCAUAUAUUGUGUACAGGAAAUCUUUGCACAAAAGAAUCGUAUGAUUAUUUGAAAACUUUGGCAAGUGAUGUACACAUAGUUAGGGGAGAUUUCGACGAGAAUCUUAAUUAUCCAGAACAAAAAGUGGUGACUGUUGGGCAAUUUAGAAUAGGUUUAUCUCACGGUCAUCAAGUUGUUCCGUGGGGUGAUCCAGAAGCUUUAGCUUUGAUUCAACGGCAAUUAGAUGUUGAUAUAUUGAUAACUGGUCAUACGCAUAAGUUUGAAGCUUAUGAGCAUGAAAAUAAGUUUUAUAUUAAUCCUGGUUCCGCAACUGGAGCAUACAAUCCACUCGACACAUCUGUCAUUCCUUCGUUUGUUUUAAUGGACAUUCAAAGUUCUACCGUUGUUACGUACGUCUAUCAAUUGGUUGGCGAUGAAGUAAAGGUAGAGCGAAUCGAAUACAAAAAAAGUUAACGGCUGUCUAACCGAAUGUACUCGACUGUAUUCCUUUUUUUAUUACAUCUCAUGGUGGAUAUAAUUUAAUAAAAUCAUAUAAUGAACA